GAUUGCAGCAGUGAGCCCGAGUUAACCUUACACGCAGCUGCCAGCCCGCUACUCUUUUCACAGAAGCGACCAACGACAGCCACGUCUCCGGCAUCUUUCUGCUCUGAUAGACAGGAAACCACCCUUUAUCAUCAUGUCUAAAGGUACAGUGGUUCUGGCAUACAGCGGGGGACUUGACACAUCCUGUAUUCUUGUUUGGCUGAAGGAGCAGGGCUACGACGUCAUCACAUACUUGGCCAACAUCGGGCAAGAGGAAGACUUUGAAGCUGCUCGGAAAAAGGCAGAAAAACUUGGUGCAAAGAAGGUUUACAUUGAAGACCUUCGUGCAGAGUUUGUGGAAGACUUCAUCUGGCCCGCGGUUCAAGCUAAUGCCGUCUACGAGGACCGAUACCUGCUCGGCACUUCUGUAGCACGACCCUGCAUCGCUCGCCGCCAGGUGGAAAUUGCACAAAAGGAGGGUGCCAAUUUUGUCUCCCAUGGUGCCACGGGAAAGGGGAAUGACCAGAUCCGUUUUGAGCUCACAUGCUACGCCCUCUACCCUGAAGUGAAGAUCAUCGCACCAUGGAGGAUCCCCGAGUUCUACAACCGCUUCAAGGGGAGGAUAGACCUGAUGGAAUAUGCAGAGAAACAUGGCAUCCCUGUGCCCGUCACUCCAAAGGCACCCUGGAGCAUGGACGCAAACCUCAUGCAUAUAAGCUACGAGUCUGGGAUCUUGGAGAAUCCUAAGAGUCAUGCUCCGACUGACCUGUACCUGAUGACCAAGGACCCUCAAGAUUCUCCCAACGUCCCCGAUGUUCUGGAGAUACAGUUCAAAAAUGGAGUGCCAGUUAUGGUGAACAAUUUGAAAGAAGGCCAAUCCAAGUCUUCACCUCUGGAGAUCUUUUCUUAUCUCAAUGAGAUUGGUGGAAAGCAUGGUGUUGGUCGGAUUGACAUUGUAGAGAACCGUUUCAUUGGCAUGAAGUCUCGAGGAAUAUAUGAAACACCAGGAGGCACAAUUCUGUUGGCAGCCCAUUUGGACAUCGAGACCUUUACCAUGGACAAAGAAGUCCGUCGGAUCAAACAGAGACUGGGUGUCACGUUCUCUGAGCAGGUCUACAACGGUUUCUGGUACAGUCCAGAGUGUGAAUUUGUUCGACACUGCAUUGCCAAGUCCCAGGUGAACGUGGAGGGCAAAGUACAGCUGUCCGUCUUCAAAGGUCACAUCUACAUCCUGGGACGAGAGUCACCCAAGUCCCUCUAUAAUGAAGAGUUGGUCAGCAUGGACGUGCAGGGAGACUACAACCCGUGUGAUGCCUCUGGAUUCAUCAAGAUUAACGCUGUCAGGUUAAGGGAACACCACCGUCUGCAGGGUUACGCUAACUGCAACGGCAAGCAGUAACAGCAAGCAGUAACAGCAAGCAGUAACAGCUGCAGUCAUCGGAAACAUCUUUCUUCUUUCCACCAUUCCUGGGGCGGUAGUAGGUUUAGACUUUGUGCUUCUGUUGUCUACAUUUUGCCUUGCUGGUACUGUUAUUUAUUAGCAUAAGGGUAUUGAACACACUACUAGCCACAUGUUGCUAUUACUGUAUAACUGGGAUCUUCAUAGCUAGUGAAGAGCGGAGGAAGAAGUAAGAUGUAAAAAUAAGUGUCAUGACAGGAGAAUAGUUUGGGUGUAAAUGUGUUCAAUUAAUAGCUUGUGGUUGAGCAUAUUAGUAGAAAGUAUUUCUUAGUAUUUUAUUUCAUGACAGCAUCAAUAGGUGUCAUGGAUAUUAAAACUCAAACAUUGUUAAAGAAAUAAAAUUGUGUUUUUUUCUUCCCUA